CAUCAACUCUGACUAAUAUGUGUUUGCGCGUCCCACUUUCCUCUUCAUGUCUGUCUGUAAACUGCCUGUAAUCUUAUGUAAACUUUUUGUGUGAAACUUGAAUAGCUCAAAGCCUUGAAGGAGCUAGGUAGAGUAUAGUAGUUAGUUGAGUUCAAUAAAUAAAAGGUCUCUCUCUUUCUUCUUUUCUCUCUCUGUGUCUCACUUUCUCAAGCCCAAAGAAAAUCCAAGAAAAUAUGGACUGGAAUCGAUGUUUCUGCUUCUUUUCUGCAAUUCUCUUGUCCUACCUUUUGAUGGGUCUUCCUGUUUCUUCUUCUUCUCCUUCUACUUUCAUUUCAGAUAGUAUGUUUGAAUCUCAGUCAUUUACUGGCAGGAACCUUCUUCAAGCUAAAAAAGCUUGCCCUGUGAACUUCGAGUUUCUGAACUACACAAUCAUCACAAGCAAAUGCAAGGGACCCAACUACUCACCUAAAUUGUGUUGUCCAGCAUUCAAGGACUUUGCUUGCCCUUAUGCGGAUGUGAUAAAUGAUUUGACAAAUGAUUGUGCCUCAACCAUGUUCAGCUACAUAAACCUCUAUGGAAAAUACCCACCUGGCCUUUUUGCCAGUGAGUGCAGGGAAGGCAAGGAGGGUCUUGCAUGCCCUGCACCAGCACCAUCAGUUUCAGCCAAUGAAAGUGGGACUCACAACAUGUAUCCCUCGCCACUGCUAAUGCUCACAGCCGGCUUCUUUCUGUUAUUAUUUAAGUCUUUAUGAAGGCCAAAAGUCAACCAUCUUUUUCUUUUUAUUUUUCUCUAUGACCUUGUGAAGAUUGAAAUUUUUUGAUACAUUAGGUUCUGGGCCUUGUUUUCCAUUCUAUCAUCACCAGCUGGAGCUCAUAAAAUUUCAGUUAGGCAUACCCAAAAAUUAGUUUUAAGUCAUUAUUUAUCAAUUUGUACUUCGCUGCACUCAAGCUGUUGGGGUUAGGUAUUGGUUGGUUGUUGUAUCUUUUAUUUAUUGUUGAUAAACUUCAAUUUUUAUUCAUUAAAAAAAAAAACUAAACA